AGCAGCUCUGUUCAGCUCCUCUUUGUUUCUUCAUUUUCCUUUUUUCCUAAAAUCAUCCCUGUUCCCUUGGUUCUUCUGGGAACGUUUAUUUUUCCAAGUAAAGAUUGUCAGGCUCAAAGUUUAACAGGUGCAGCAACAAACCAGAUGAUUAUUGAUAAAAGACAAAGUUUUCCAGGGAAGCUGAACAUCAACAAUGGUCUCCGAUGUGUCGGUCCAUCUUCCCCUCCAGAGUCGAGCCCGGUGUACCGAUUCUGGUUUCUGCACGGUUCCGAUUGGCCAAUACCAAUUUACCUCAGAGAGAUGAAAAGGUUUCAAUAAAAAAUCUGCUAAAAUUCGGAUUCUGGAGGUGAAAACGUUCGCAUGGAAAAUCGGUUUCAGCUAGCUUGAGUUAGCGCUCACGAACAAAACAAGCAUCAUAACGGACCCUCGGGCUAGCAGGUCAAAGGUCACCUAGAUGAGGCAAAUACAAUAGAUCUAUAAUCUCUGAACCUAUUAGUGCAUUAGUGAUAAAAAACAAUAAUAUUUAUUAUUUAUAUUAUUGUUUAUUUAAACAUUCAUGCUGUUACUGUUUUCUUCAUUUGUGUCAGCUGUAAUAAAAAGUUCUAAUUAUUAAUAAUAAAAACAAGAUUUUCCUAUUCUAAAAGCCUUUUUUCACUUAAAUAGGAUUUUUUAAUGUAAAAGUUAAUUUUAAAUAUCUUAGAUUUCAUUUGUUUAUAAACAUGUUAAAUAUUUCAGAUUUUGUGUCUAAAUAGUGAAAUAACUGAAUUCCUGUUCUGGCGGCUUUAAUCCUCAGAGAGAAAUCAGCUUCAUUAUGAAUAAAACACCUAAACAGGAUCAUUAAUGAGCGGAUUUGUUAGGAUGAAGCAGCUCCGACUGAGGAAGAGGAGGAGGACGACGUGUCGUUAUGUAACGCUACUUCCUGCGGAGCGACGAAGGUGGAGGUGGGCGGCAUCGACAUCCGAGCUAGAUUCAAGUUUUUUAUGCAGACCUACGAUAAUUAAUAAUCACAUCGCUUUUAUUUGAGUCCAGAACUGAUUUACAUAAACCAGACGCGCUCCGGUGCAAAGCGUCUGGUUUUAGUUGUGGUUAAACGGGUCUACGUGUCACAGAUGACACGCUGUGACAUCACAGAUGACACGCUGUGACAUCACACGCACGAGGCUCAGUCGUCAGAAAAACAAAUGAAACCCGGAAGUUUGAGUUUUGGUUGAAGUCACCGGAUCUGGGGUGACAUCACACACUCCUGUAACAAACUACAUCUGUCCAGAUGUUUCAGACGCUCUGAAAUCGUAACCAUGACAACACGUUUUAACUGUGCUGCAGAAAACCAGGAGGAGGUGUUUAGGAGUCGCGUUUCCUGACGCAGCAGCAGCAUCCCGCUGCCUUUUGUUUCCCUCGCUGAUCCUCUGAAGGAUCCGAUCUAAUUAAACCAGGGCGGUUUUCCUGGAAGGCUCGCCGGCUGAAUCGGUCCGUGACGGAGCAGACGGGAGCGUGACUGGAAUCAGCAGCAGCCAGCUGGCUGAAACUGGUAGAAUCCUGUCAGAUUCCUCUGGACGCGCGUCAACGAGGAGUUCAGGAUUUUAGGAAGUUUUCAUCAGGAAUGUUUCUCGGCAGCAGGAUUUAGGCCCGACCGGAACUCGGAUACGAUAAAAAACAUGAACUCCGUGGUCGUAUCUGAUGAAAACGAUCUGUGGUCGGGUUUUACCGUCAUCCACACUCGGAUUAAAACAUUCAGCUGAUUUCAAGAUUUAAAAUCUCGUAAAACACGGACGGUUUAUGUUAGCUAGACUGUUCACGUGUCGCCCUCCAGGUACAAACCAUGGUUGUAGUAUAGAGUCGUCAUCACUAUUAUUUAUAAAACGCUGUCCGGAGCGACGGCAGUUACUGGUUCUCACCAGCGGGGGUCAGAGUUGAGCUGUUUGGUGACACUUACCAUCUAACAUGUUGAAAUCAUGAGAACAAGAUGGUUCAGCUAAAAUCAACCCCGACUCGUGGAGGUUAGCAUCUUCAGCCUGAUUCUCCCAUCACGCCGCUACGGGAACCCAGAUGAACAAACAGGAAGUCAGAUAAUCGCUAAACAAAUGGAAGCUUGUUUUUGUUUUACCGCUGUGUUUUCCCCUUGUUUUGUCAUCUUCAUUCAUCCUGACGUGUGUAAACACCACAGUGUCAGGUGGGCGUCUUUCAGGAAACACGACUCGGUAAGACGACGCUGACAAAGUGGAGGUUCAUACAUGAUUUAAAGAUAGUUGUUGUCAUCAGUAACGAUGCUUUCGAGACCCAAUCAGAUUUAGUUUGUGCUCAGGUUAACGUCUCGUCCAGCUAGUUAAAGACCAAGUUCACUGAAAACUCGUUCUUUAAUGACUAAUUCUGAUUCUAAUGGGUCACUGAGUGUUUCAUGCAGGCUGAACAUGAAGAUAGUCUCCUACACCGAUCUCCUGCAGUAGCUUCUGAUAGGAAACAGACGGUGAAACUCUAGGAUAGAAAAUCCUGACAGAUCUACGUCACCCUGUCACUAACAUUCAUGGACUCACCCAUCUGGACUCACGACGGGGAAGCUGUUGUUGGUUUAGCGUCCAGGAAACAGCAGAGAACGUCUCAGCUACUAGAAGCUAACCGUUAGCAUUAGCAACUCCACCACACAGCAGAACUCCUCCAGGCUUGUGUUAUUAGUGGAGAUAAAGCAUCAGCGUUGCAGAGCAGACAGUCAGUGGUAGAGUCGUGUUGCUGUUAGCCAAUCAGAGGAGAGAUGUCCAUGUAUCAGGAAAUAAAACUCCAGAUCCUGUCGUCUAAAGCUCAGCUCUGAUCUGACUCACUUCUAGUUUCUAAAGCAGGAGCGCCAGAGCUUUAUUUCCCACAGAGACUGACCCACUAGACCAGUGCAGAUGUGCUAGAAAACCCGGUGAACUUGGUCUUUAUUUUUGGUUCUAAUUUGGUCUUUAAAGACCAAAAAAAAGCUCAAACUUCUUUUUUUUUCUUUCUAUUUGAAACAAAGAAAAAUUACAAUUCAUAAAUAAACGAAACAAAAACGUGACAUGCCAUUGGUAAAUGCCUGAAUGUGGUUCUGACCGGCCUCCUGGCCUGGUUCUGGUCAGUGGGACGGUCUCAGAGGUCGUGUUCUGCUGCUCGAAUCAGGACCGUUUGAGUGUGACCCAGAUUGACCUGCUGGAGGUUUGAGCCGUCAUUAACUCGAUGUUCCUGCAGAGGCGAGGCGUCUGCAGAUCCCUCAGACGGUCGUGUCUAAGGACACCGGUAAGCCUCGGCACUGACUCACCACUUAUCUUUGCUUCCAGCAUGUGGGAACCAACCAGAACCUGCAGUGUAAUUACAGGGUGUUCUGUUGACCCGGUCGCUGGUUCCUCACCUGACGCUGCAGAAACAAUGCGGUACUGGUGUGUCCUGGUCCGAGUCAGUCCCUCUGAGGCCCGACUGGAACCCUCGAUGGGAAUCCGUCUGAACUGAGUUUAGAACCACUUCUGAAACCCUGCAGCAGUAGAGAUGCACCGAUUGUGAUUUUUAGGGCCGAUACUGAUUUCUGAUUCUUGAACAACCUCCUGAUUCAGAUUUAAAAAAAAAACAUUAAUUAAUUUUUGGUUUCUGAUUAACUGGAAAUUCUGGCAGAAAUUAAAAGAAACAUCCAGCUGGAAGAUCCUUUGUUGCUAGCAUGGGUUAGCACUUAGCAAUGGUGAGUUCACAGACUGGGAAAAAUGUCAGACUUUGUAUUGCUGCUGGGCAAAAUGGAUUAAUGGGCCGAGGAAGUGUCGCACUUUUGAGUUUCGAACUGGUCGAUAAGAUUAAAACGAUCGUGCUGAUUAUUGGCCGAUUCCGAUCAUAUGAUGAUUUCCUUUUCUUUCCCGGCUUUAACUGAAACAGCAGAAUCCUGCGGCUUCCAGCCACUCUGUUCUGGUCCGGACGGGAAUGCCCCGUUUCUUUUUAAGGCCAGAAGAAAUAAACUUCUGUUAGGAAUCAGUUUUCCAGUUUGAAAACAGCUGUGGCUUCCUGUGUGUGUGUGUGUGUGUGUGUGUGUGUGUGUGUUUUAUCUCCUGAUCAGCUGUUUUACAGAAACAUUUGUUCAUUUAGCCAUAAAAGUUCCACUUAGAUUUUUUAAAUAACCAAACAAACAAACACCGUUGUAUUUGUCUAAACAAAAAUGUUAUUUAUUAUAAAUUUACAAACAAAUUGUUUAUUCAAAUAUUUUAUUAUUUUAAUUAUGUAAAUGAAAAUUAAAACUAUUAAAUGAAUCAAACUCACAAUUAUUGCCUGUAAAAGUUUGGAUUAUUGGCCAGAUAGAAAUCAGAAUCAGAAUCAGAAUCAGAGAAGGUUUAUUGCCAUUGUCAGUGAACAAACAAUUCACAAACUAGGAACUUGCUUCGGUACUAACGUGCUACAUAUAACAUGAAUAAUAAAAUUAAAAAAUAGAAUAAAGUAGAAUAAAAUAUAAUAAACAAGCAUAAAACUUUGCUAUAAAAAAGUUUUACAGCAUCCUACAGCAGCAGAACGUUUCUAAGUGUUAAAAAGUAAAAACCAUAAAUGUAGUAAGGAAACCAUUUUAUGACGUUUCUGUUCUUCACUGAUCUUUUAUUUUCUUCUGCUCGUUGCUGCAAACCCACGCUCAACUGCAGACAUGAAGAAUUCACUUAGCAUCCCGCUAGGAUAACCGUGCUAAUAAAGCGAAUCGAGCCAAUGAAGCCAACUGUGCUAAUGAAGCUAACUGUGCUAAUGAAGCUAACCGAGGUAAUGAAGCUACCCGUGCUAAUGAAGCUAACUUUGCUAUUGAAGCUAACCGUGCUAAUGAAGCUAACCAUGCUAAUGAAACUAACCGAGCUAAUGAAGCUAACUGAGCUAAUGAAUCUAACAGUGCUAAUGAAGCUAAUGGUGUUAAUGAAGCUAACCAUGCUAAUAAAGCUAACUGAGCUAAUAAAGCUAACUGUGCUAAUGAAGCUACCCGUGCUAAUGAAGCUAACUGAGCUAUUGAAGCUAACCGUGUUAAUGAAGCUAACUGUUUUAAUGAAGCUAACCGUGCUAAUGAGCUAAUGAAGCUAACAGUGCUAAAACUGUUUUAGCUCCAGAAGAUUUCUCUGUAAACGUUGAGUUUGGUUUUUAGUAGAUGUGUUCAACUAAAACGGUCCCCUGCUCCUGCAUGACAAGGAGAAAGUAGAAAAACAACAACAGGAGUCCUGUUACUCCUCCUGGCCUGCACACACCCACGGGGGAAGGGGGGGGGGAUCCUUUAAGGUGCCAAAGUCAGUGUCAGUGACGUCACUUGUGUGACUUUGCUCAGUUCAACAGCACCCCCACCCCCCCACCCCUGGGCCUUCCAGGAAUUCCCCUCAUCGUCACCAGAGGCCCCGCCCUCUGCUCAGCCACAGCUGAGAGCCAGGAAACACACUCUCCUGUUGACACACGUCUCAUUGAGUUUGCAAAUAAAAGGAAUGUUGUUGUGUUUGUCGUGCACGCACUGAUCUGGCUGGUUCUGUUCUCUCUCUCCGUGUGUGUGUGUGUGUGUGUGCGCGCCCUCUGGACUCUUUAUGGACUUUUAUGGAUUGUCCAUAUUUCAGCUCCCUGAGGUGUCAGAUUGGACAAAGACAGGAAGUAGAGCUAUCAGUCACUCUGGGCGCCACGUUAACCAGCAGGGAGCCAGCUGAUGGAUUCGGACCGAUCCACUUUGUUUGGUUUUUGACUGUUGGGCUGGUUUUGGGUUCGUCAGGAAUGGUUCUGGUUGGACAAUCCAACAGGAUUCUUCAGGACUUUAAUGUAUAAAAUCGAAGAAGCGCAGAAAGAGCUGAAAGAUCCCAACGCUCCACAGAAAGGUGCAGCGGAGGGCCGUCAGCGGGCCGCGGACAACGUCAAAGGCCUGAAAAGAAAAAAGGUCGUUGCAGAAAAUCUACUGAAAAAAAUCCCCAAAUCUCCGGUGAAGAAGCCCCUCCAGUCGAAAUCAUGUGACACAGGUCUCCACAACUCUUCUUCUAAGGAAAGCACACCUUCCUGCUCCUCCUCCAACAGCCCCUCCCACCGUCUUUCAUCACCAGGCAGGAGGGGAGAUCCACACCAUGUUCCAGCAGCUGCUACUGCCCCAAAUGAGGGGUCGGGCUCUCCUGGUGUUGAGAAGGUGAAGGUGAAGCAGGAGACGACGUCCUCUCAGCCGUUAUCACGCGAGCCCUCACAAACGGAGGAGAGCCCUCAGGUUCCUGCUGUGGAACCACGGACUAAAGGCCAGAAGAGUUCAGAACACAGUUUUGAGGGAGAGUCUUACCACAGCAGUGCUCCUCUGGAUGUUCUUCUGAAGGCCAUGGAGCCGGACUUCAGCACUCUAACAGAGAGGAGAACCUCCUCGCAGACUUCCGCCAUCAGUAAACCGGCUGCUCCGCUUCAGCUUCAGCCCAGCACGGAGGUCACAGCGCUGCCAGCGGUCAACAUCAGUCUCCAGGCCCAACAUUCCCAAAUGCAGGCCUAUUAUUUUGACAAACAAGGGAACGUCUUUGGAAUUGCGUCACUGCAGGGAUCCACACAGGGUUCAUCUUCUCUUGCUGGGCCAAACUUGCACAUGAAGUCCAACACUGGACCAUCUGCUCCUUCUGGCUCUAACACUUUGCCCCAAAGCCAACCACCAGUAGUGCACACGUGCCAGUCCCUGUCCGCCAGUGUUCCCAGUACCAUUCAGGUCCCAGUCACACCGGGCACCAACCAGGUGCAGAUGGCCACAGUCAUGAACUUUGGUGCUGAGCAGGUGCCCAAAGACCAAAAGCCUAAAAAGCCAGGAAAGUAUGUGUGUGAAUAUUGCAGCCGGGCGUGUGCCAAACCCAGCGUGCUGCUCAAACACAUCAGGUCUCACACCGGAGAGCGACCCUAUCCCUGUGUCACCUGUGGCUUCUCCUUUAAAACCAAGAGCAACUUGUACAAGCACAAAAAAUCUCACGCUCACGCCAUCAAGCUGGGACUCAUCGCCCGCUCUGAAUCCGGAGGCGGGCCACUGUCUCAAGAAUCAGACAGAGCUGCCGGGACUCAAUCAGAGGCCGAGGAGAGCGGGGACAGUGAUGAGGAGGGCGGCGUUGCAGAUCUGGAUCCAGAAACCUCACAGGGCUGUAGAGCAGCGGCAUCUGAAACCGGACCUCAGGGUGCAGGUACAUCUCAAACAGAAGCAGAGUCUGUCAAGUCCUCCCCAGGCCAAAGGGUCCACGAGCCUAAAGCUGCACUUCCAAAAGUCGUCGUGUACCCAGUCAACGUUUCGCCUUUGAGGGCAGACAGUCCAAGAGUCACUGGUGCUGCACCAGAGCAAGCUGCUGGUCAGCGGCAACGAGACAUUCAGAACGCCAAUCUGAGACCAAGCAUCACAGUCCUGUCCUCUCUGAGGGAGGUGGAUGCUGCGCAUCCCUCGCUGGACACGGUAAGCGAGGAUGAAGACCAGCAGUGCAAGUCUCCUCUGUUGGGCGGACAUGCCCAGCUUCAGAGACAACAAGCUACAGACUUCUCCCAGCAGCAGCAGCCCAAAUGUCUGCUCAGUCCGCGGAGUUUAGGAAGCACAGAUUCUGGCUACUUCUCUCGCUCUGAAAGUGCUGAUCAGGCCAUGAGUCCACCGAGUCCCUUUGUUAAAAUCACUCCCCCGGUGGACACGGACCUCACCAAGAACGCUCCUCCUACUGCCCCUCCCGUGGUUGCUACGGUGAUGCACGUAGCAGCCGAGCAUCGCCCGCGUCCGGUGGAGAAACAAAUGCGAUCACCGUUUGAAGCCAGCACUCGCUCUUUGGAAGAACGAAUUUCAAAGCUGAUUUCAGAUAACGAGGCGGUGGUGGACAACAAGCAGCUGGACAGCGUCAAGCCACGGAGGACGUCUCUCUCAAGAAGAGGCAGUAUAGACUCGCCCAAGUCGUACAUAUUUAAAGACUCGUUUCAGUUUGACCUGAAACCAAUAGGAAGACGGUCCAGUUCGAGCUCAGACAUCCCCAAGUCCCCAUUCACCCCAACAGACAAGUCGAAGCCAGUGUUCCUGCUCUCUGUUCCUGCUCAGUACCCAAACAUGGACUGUCUACCAAUAACAAGGAGCAACUCUGUGCCUACUACACCUGGACACUCUACUCUACCAGUCAACGUAGCUCCCAUGCCCCACCCCCUGAGAGUCUGUCAAUCAUUUGAUGAGAAGAUCGGCUCCCUGAAUGAUGAAGUCUUUUCCCCAACUCCAAACCCCGCCAUACACUCUCGUACUUUGGUUCGACAGGUGGCAGUGGAGGACUUUUCUACAAGUGAGGGACACAGCCUCCCUACCGUGCGCUCCAUGGAUGAAGGCUACCAUGGUCCCAGUAGCUCAGCAGACUUGAUUCAGAGAAGCAAAUCGUUUGAACAUGGCCAUGACCGCAGCAAGAAGCCCCAGCAGAACAAAGGAACGAUGUACGAGUGUGAGACCUGCCGCAAUCGGUACAGAAAAUGGGAGAACUUUGAGGCUCACAAAAAGUUCUACUGCUCUGAGCUCCGUGCUCCUAAAAGCAAGCCUGUGGCUGUUAAAGAAACUGACCAAGAAGUUUUUCAUGUCGGCAUGCAGCAGCCCCUCAUCUUGAGGUCAUUAAAUGGCUCUGGCAUACUGGAGCAGCAGACAUCAAUCAGGAAGAGAAGGAAAAUGAAAAGUGUUGGCGAUGAGGAUGACCAGUCUCCAACCGACACCAUCCCACCAUGUUCAGUCAGUUUUGAGUCUCCAAUAGCUCCAACAAGCAGGACCUUUCCUCUGAAAGUAGACAUUCAACCCAAAAGCAGCCAGCCAAACCUUCCCCAGAUCCAGCUUGUUGCACGAGGAAUGAACACAGCAGAUUCCAGACUGUCACCAAUACGUGAGACUCAGAUCAGCAGUGCUUCAAAGGGAGAUCUGCAGAGGCAGGGCAGUGGAACUUCAGUCAUCAGACACACCAACUCCCUCAGCAGACCCAACUCGUUUGAGGCAGACCUGGCUGAUAGGGUCUCACCAGCUGACAGCAUGGAGAAGGACUCUCUGAACAAACCCAACAAAGAUGGACCAACAAGCGUCUCACCCGACACGAAAAAGAUAUCCCAGUCCACCAGUGUGGAUUUUGGAAAACAAAGGAAUGAUCCGAGUAGCACCCGCACACUGACUACCAAUUCCACUCCUGUCCAUCAGUCUCGUCUUGUUCGCCAAAGAAACAUCCAAGUUCCUGAGAUCCUAGUCACGGAGGAUUCGGACAAGGAGCACGAAACCCAGAAUGCCGAGCCACCAGACAAACCAGCAGAGCAGUUCAGUUGGCCUCAACGAAGUGAGAGUCUGUCAAAGUUACCAGCAGAGAAACUUCCCCCCAAGAAGAAAAGAAUCCGCCUGGCUCAGAUGGAUCAGUCUUCUGGUGAUUCCAGCUUCGAGUCCAGCCUCUCCCGCAGCCUCAGCAGAGACAGCAGUCUCUCUCGUUGCUCAAGCAUCUCGGCCUCCUUUGAGAGAGAUGAGCCAUCCCGAUCUGAGAGUCCAUCUAAGGGCGAAGUCUCUGGUAAAAUUCCAGACCCUCAGAGUCUUCCAGCAGUCUUCAACACUCUUGGCGUUCCAGGAAUAAUGAGGCGUGCUGCAUCUGAGCAGAUCACUUGCACGCAACCCUCCGUGGAGAUUUCCUGUGACUACCGUAGCAAGUCUUUCGACUGCGGCAACGUGUCUCCUAGUAGACCUCUGUCACCCGCUGGUCUACCAAAGACAGGACAACUCUCCCAGGUGCCCCUGAUUGAGAGGAGGCGAGGGCCGUUGCUUCGGCAGAUGUCUUUAAAGAUCAACCCAGAAAGUCAUCAGCCAGUUCGGAAAGCUGCAAUUCCAUCAGACAAGCUUCCCAUCCCAAAAGUCAGCUCUUUUAUUCCGAACAGAUCCAAGCAGAUUUACAUAGCUAACAGGUGCCAUGUAGCGCAGCCUUUCACCCUGCACACUGCAGACCCGCCGUUGCAAAGUGAUGAGCAAAUGGUGCAAAGCAUUCAUCUGGGAAGCCCCACGUUGCAACCUCAAGUCCACGGCCUUCCACAUCCAUGGCAUCAGACAUCCAGAGUUCAGGUUUGCCAUAAAUCGCAGCAACCGUUCAACCAGGUCUCAGUUACUCGUGAGAAAGCCCAAGUCAAAGCAGCUGACUUGGAUGAAAAGUGCUAUGUGCCAAAAUACCAACUCCAGUGUCCUUCUCUAAGAGCCACCCAAACAUUUUCCUUCUCCUGCACACAGGGAGCUCACAUAGCGUUGCCAAUUUUAACUAUUCCCAUUGCCAAUCCCAUUCUGGGCAUUUCCAAAGCUUCAGAUGGGACUCGGAAUGUGUUUGUGGCCAGUCAGCAGGCCUCCAACAGUAAGACUCAGACCGUGGUUUUGUCGAGCGAGAAGCAGAAGGACCCGUUUGAUCAGAGCCAAUCCGGUGUUCCACUGCCACAGAUUCUGAUCACCCAUGAGCAGGUGCGCCCCCCCUCUGUAUCCAAUAAAAACAGCCCCUCCUCGUCCCACAGCUGGGAGGGCGACUCUCAAGCGGCACCGACCGUGAAGAAGGACGGAAGUCCCAGUCAUGUAGCGGAGCAAGUUCCUCCUUGCUGCACACAGAAGCUGGCCUCGGUGACGCUCUGCCCCCAGCAGGAACCCACAGCUUCCAGUAAACGCAUGCUGUCGCCCGCCAACAGUCUAGACAUUUACAUGGAAAAGCACCAGAAACGGGCCAAAGAUGAGCACGGCGUGGCCUGCAUAACGGACGGAAGAUCACUCAGUUACCUCAACUCAAAGAUGUCUGAGGUGACCCGACAGCGGAAGCUGAUGCUCGUGAGACAGGUUUGUACAACCGAACCAGCAGACAGUCCAAUUGAGACCGAGGCUCCGCCUCUUCCUGAACCUAAAACUGACUCGGAGAAAGACUCGGACGCCAGUGAUGAUGUGAAACCCAUGUCACCUGAUGCUGCUGGGCUUGAAAAGGUGACGGAAACUGUUAUUCAAGAGAAGGCGGGUCCAGUCCUGAACUCUGCAUCUGGGAGUCAGGACACCCCCCGACCGGCCAACACCGCCCUGAAGCCUCAGGAGAAGCCUGAGGAGCAGAGAUGGACUUCAGCCAAAUCCCUGAUACGGCCUUCCAGCUUCCAUGCCGGUCAGACGAAGCUGACCACAUCAGUGUCCGUCGUGAACACGAAGGACACCCAUCGCCUGUCCUUCCCCAGCCUGAAGACCACCACCACAUUCACCUGGUGUUACCUGAUGAAGCGAAGGCCUCUUCAUGUCCCUCAGACUGACCUGAAGACAUCAGCUUAUGCCAUCUGGACAGUCAGUCCCAAAAACCCCAACCCCCUGGGACUGCCCACCAAGGUGGUCAUGUCUUUGUUUGACUCCAAGCAAAGCUCCAAGACGAUUCACUACACCUCCGCCAUCAGAACCAGCGGCAAGUCGGCCAUCCUGUCCUACUCGGGGAAGUUGAAGGACGUCAUGCCCAAGCUUCCGGUAACCGGGAAGUCUGCUUCACCAAAGACCAGAAUUAAACCGCAGCCAGAGGCUCAGACCAGCAACGAGUCGGACAAGGACGCUACACCUUCAACGGAACCGCGGCGGGUCAAGAUAUUUGAUGGAGGAUACAAAUCAAACGAGGACUACGUGUACGUACGCGGCCGAGGUCGAGGAAAGUACAUCUGUGAGGAGUGUGGGAUUCGCUGUAAGAAGCCCAGCAUGCUGCGCAAACACAUCCGGACCCACUCCGACGUCCGGCCAUACCACUGUGUCCACUGCAACUUCUCCUUCAAGACUAAAGGGAACCUCACCAAGCACAUGAAGUCCAAGGCUCACAGUAAGAAGUGCAUGGAGAUGGGGGUGCCUGAAGACCUGCUGGAGGACCAGGAUGCUGAGGACUCGGGAGACCGCAGCCAGGUGAGCAGCGUCGACCGUCCAGACACGGAUGGCGAUGACUCCGAUGUUCCCGAUGAGGAGGAGAAUGACGACGAGGAAGAGGAGGACAGCCAAGCGGAGUCGGGUCUGUCCACAAACCCGUCUGUGUCCACCAGUCCACAGCACUUCCCCUGCAGAGAGACGGAUGUCCCGCCCAGCGCGCUCCUCGCCCAGAUGUCCAUCAGCUCCCUGUCCUUACCCCUUUCCCGCCCUCCUGAAUCCUCGGACCCCGGAUCCGUUCUGAGCCUCGUGUCCCUCAGCGGGGACGUCUCUGGGACCUGCUGCAGUCCGGCCCCCUUCCCGUCCUCCCCCCCACCCAUCACCACCGCUGCCGACUCCUACACCUCUGACCCGGAGUCGGUCCACAUGAUGAGCCCCGUGUCGCCCUGCAGACAGAUGUCCAUCGACUACCCAGACGUUGAUGUCCCGCCGAGUCCCCCGGUGAUGACCAGGAGCUCCAAGCUGGUUCAGGAGGCUCCUGCUCCUCCUGCCGCCACCGAGUCCAGCGCACCGGUGGACCGGAGCACUCAGACCUCCUCCUACCUGCCUCCACACCUCCACCUGCAGGGAGCAGCUCAGCCUGCGGAGACGCACCUGUUCAGCCACCUGCCGCUGCACUCGCAGCAGCCGGCCCACUCGCCCUACAGCAUGGUCCCUGUCGGAGGGAUCCAGCUGGUUCCUGCCGGCCUUGCUACAUUUGUCCCGAUCCAAGCCGGACCUGUCCAGCUCACCAUCCCCGCUGUGGGAGUGAUCCACCGGAACACCAGCCCGUUAUCCUCUCCCGGCACCCCCACCCAGCCGGACAGCCUACAGCCUCUUCUGAUCCAGGAGCCCAUCAGCAGUGUCCUGCCGUGCUUCCCUCUGGGCCCGGUAGCGGGCCUCCAGACCCAAACCCUGCAGCCGCUGGGCCUAGAGACCCUCAACCUGAUGGGGCUCACCAACACGGGCCUGGGGCUGCAGGUUCUGGCUGCCAGCCCCACCUCCCAAAGCGGGCCUCAGACCCACAUCCCGGGUCUGCAGAUCGUCAACAUCGCCCUUCCGGCAAUCAUCCCCUCCCUCUCCACCCUCAGUCCUCUCCCGGGCUCCUCAGACCAGCCCGUUCGGACCGAACCCGGUGUCGGUUCUGUGUGCCAGCCGGCUUCAUCACCAGAGCCCAAAUCGGGAGGAGGAGACUCGCCGACGCAGGACAAAGAGGACAGGACACUCCCCCAGCAGCAUCCGGCAGCAGCUCCACAGCGCCAGGCGGGCAGCCCAAACGGGCCGACGCCCGCCGACCCGACAGAACCACCAGCGUCGGCGAGCAGCUGGCACACGCCGAUUGACGACUCUAACGAAGCUUCGAGCGAUGACGAAGACCGGCUGGUCAUCGCCACCUGAGCAGCGGCGCCGGUUCUUCUUCUCUUUUGUAAUUCUUGUCACUUUUCAGGUGUUUGUCUCUCCGACCAAUCACCUUUCAAAGCACAGACGCUGAUGUCGCUGCGACCAAUCAUCAGUGGUUUCUCUUUUGUACAUGUUGUAAAGAUGAUGGUGCCUUUUUGACGUUCCUGGUGUCAGACUGUAAAUAACCCGGUGGUUGUUUGUGAAGACGUAUAAAUGUACAUUUGUAUGGGACGCCUCUGUGUACAGCUGUUGUGUUCACUAUUUAUUCUGAUCAUCUAGAGCCCGCCAUGUUGCUGUAUCGAUAUCCUGAACUGUACCAGUAAACGUUUGUUUACGACGUC